CAGCCGCUUCAAGUCUGGAAACGGCAGCAGAAGUGACGUCUGAAGCAGGCGCCGGCGGUGGGGCGGCGCCGGCUUGGGUGGUAUGGCGAUGAAUAUCCGCUUGCAGGAGAUCCGGGAGCGGCAGAAGUUGCGGCGGCAGCUCCUGGCCCAGCAGUUAGGAGCUGAAAAUGCUGACAGCAUCGGCGCAGUAUUGAACAGUAAAGAUGACCAGAGGGAAAUUGCAGAAACAAGGGAAACCUGCAGGGCUUCUUAUGAUACCUCAGCACCAGGUUUAAAACGCAAAUAUCCAGAUGAGGGGGAGGCUGACGAAGAAGAAAUUGAAGAUUAUAAGGAUGAAGUAGAGCUGCAGCAAGAUGAAGAGAACCUGCCCUAUGAAGAAGAGAUUUACAAAGAUUCCAGUACCUUCCUUAAGGGAACCCAGAGCUUAAAUCCUCACAAUGAUUAUUGCCAGCACUUCGUGGAUACCGGGCACAGGCCUCAGAACUUUAUCAGAGAUGUGGGCUUAGCAGACAGGUUUGAAGAAUAUCCAAAACUUCGAGAACUCAUUAGACUGAAGGAUGAGCUAAUUGCUAAAUCUAACACUCCCCCCAUGUAUUUACAAGCAGACUUGGAGGCUUUUGACAUAAGGGAACUAAAAUCCAAGUUUGAUGUGAUUCUGUUGGAACCUCCAUUGGAAGAAUAUUACAGAGAGACUGGCAUCACAGCCAAUGAAAAAUGCUGGACUUGGGAUGAUAUUAUGAAACUGGAAAUUGAAGAGAUUGCAGCCCCAAGAUCAUUUGUCUUUCUAUGGUGUGGCUCAGGAGAGGGCCUGGAUCUUGGCAGAGUGUGUCUACGCAAGUGGGGUUACAGACGAUGUGAAGAUAUCUGCUGGAUAAAAACUAAUAAAAACAACCCUGGGAAGACUAAAACGCUGGACCCUAAAGCUGUGUUCCAAAGAACAAAGGAGCACUGCCUUAUGGGAAUUAAAGGAACAGUUCGCCGCAGUACCGAUGGUGACUUCAUUCAUGCUAAUGUUGAUAUUGACUUAAUUAUCACAGAAGAACCUGAAAUUGGCAACAUAGAAAAACCUGUAGAGAUCUUUCACAUCAUCGAACACUUCUGCCUCGGGAGACGACGGCUUCACCUUUUCGGAAGGGAUAGUACUAUCCGCCCAGGCUGGCUGACUGUGGGACCCACCCUCACAAACAGUAACUUUAAUGCGGAGACAUAUGCAUCCUACUUUACCGCUCCAAAUUCUCAUCUGACUGGCUGUACAGAAGAGAUCGAGAGACUUCGACCAAAAUCACCACCUCCCAAAACGAAGUCAGACCGGGGAGGGGGAGCUCCCCGGGGCGGAGGCAGAGGUGGAACUUCAGCUGGCCGGGGAGAAAGGGGCAGAGAGAGGAACAGAACUAACUUCCGGGGUGAAAGGGGUGGAUUCAGAGGAGGCCGUGGAGGUACCCACAGGGGAGGUUUCCCGGCACGCUGAUUACAUUUGAGUCUUUAGUUCUCCCCUUCUCCAUAUUUUUUUUUUAGCCUUGUUUCUGCUGAGGCGAAUUAUUUUUGGGUCUUGGCCUACAUGACUUUUUCAAUUGAUUGUAUUCCCUUCAAGCAGUCCCAAAUACUCUGCCUUCCCACAUCUGGGAAAUCACUUCACUUGGAGGCAAGAUGCAGCACUUGAUGGCACUGACCAAAAAGCCUCCUAGCAGUUUUCAUUCACCUGGAAGGUGAUCAGAACAAAGAGGAAGCAUCAGCUGGGCUGUCUCCUCAAGCCCCGUAUAGGAUUGAAGAAGAGUUGUCUGCUUUGCUCUUUUUCAGACUUCAAGGUGUUUUUUUCUUUUAAUUGUUUUCCUCAUAAACACUGAAUGCAUUCCCCCUCCCAUUCUGUCAAUGCCAUUUUUCUUCCCAAUGUUAACAUGCCACUGCGGAGGAAUGCCAUUCUCAAUUGCAUGGCAGUAACAUAGACUUGAAAUUGCUAGAAAGGAAUGUGAAGAAAUCUGCUGUGGGCCCAUAAUGGCAUUUAUUCCAUCUUCUCUUAUAUUCUUAAACUUAAGGGAAUAAUAUUGAAUAAAUAGAGCUCUAUUUUUUUUCUAUUUGUUUUACGUUUCCCUAACCAUUUUUGAGAGCAGUUCUAGUAUUUUUUGACUUGUCAUAUGUAUUUAAUGUUUUUUUAAUCUUUGGUUAACAAACCCUAUUUAUGUGGUCACUUGUAAUGCUUCAUGGAAAGCAAAAAGUGACUGACAUCUGUAAUCAGUCCAGAACCUCUGUUUGCUUAGGCAUGGAUUGUUUUUCAGUAGGGUUUUCACCCACUGCCUGCUAAUGGUCUUCUUUUUACCUAGAGAAAUCAAAGUUUUAUUGCAAAAUAUAUUCAAUAUGUAUGGUGGGGAGGAAGUUAUGAUGGAGGGGAAAGAUAAGAACACUGUAAUGAGGAAAAUAUCUUUCCAGAGAAAUCUGGACAAAUGCUGCCUGUGUAAACAGGGUUCUGUGGUUCGACAGUUCUUAAAAACUGAUGUGGGGGUGAGUAUGCAUUAUAGGAGGUCUGCUCCGGCAUACAGCUUGUAAGGAAAAGCACAACUGCUUGCCAUUUAUUUGUUUUUAGAAAAGCUAGACCGGUAAAGCUGUUUACAAUAUUUGACACAUGAACAAAACCAGGGGACUCUUGCUAUGGACUUUGCAGUGACUAGAAUACGUCUCUAAGUCUCUGGUACUUUUCAGUUGCUAAAGCCCAACUUUUAAAAUAGUACCCUGUAAAGUGAUGAAGUUACAUUUAUUUGAGUACUCUUUUUGAUAAACCUUUCCUAUUAACUACUGGUUUUCUUUUGGUUUUAUUGAAAUGCUUUUUUUUUUUUUGGUCAUGCUACUUCUCUCUUAAAGUGGCAUUCUGGUUUUCUGUUUUGACAGUUCAGCUUUCAGGAAAGGAACAGGGAGUUCUUACUGCCUUGCUGGGUGAGAUCUCAGGGAAUUUUAACAUUAAGUAAAGCAAGCUAUUACUUUAAUUCAAGAGGUUCUGCAGACUUUGUCAGAGGUUACAGUAAAUACUCGGUGAGUGGUGAAUCAGUAUCUCCCCUGCUUACUUUUUAUUUCUCUCUGGUCAUAUCUGCAAAGAUGGAGUGACUUGCAGUAGAGACAGAACCCUUAAAAUGUAAAUGUCAGGAGCUCAUUUAAUUAUCAGUGAUGCUUGGAGCCGAUUAUAUUUGAAACAAUGUUUAAUAGAUGUUGUAUGCUAUAAUCUGAAAACAGUUCUUAUUUUUCCUGAUUGUAUCAUACUCAUGCUGUGUGUUUUUGAAAGUAAAUAUUGGACAAGCUCUGCAUUACAGAUGACAUUCCCAUACCACUGGAACAGACUUCUGCAAAUGGAGGAGGAAAGGCUAUUAACCCGGUGCUUUCUUCCUUUGAUUCUUUCUCCUCAUGCAUUUCUCUGUAACUGAAGAUCAAGUGCUAUGGGACAAGUAUUCAGACAGAAAGGGAGCAGUGAUUCUACAGAUAAGGAGCAAUGCAUCCCUGAUACUGCACUUUAAUUUAAAAACCAACUAAAAUAUGUCUCCUUUUUGGAAUGGUAGGGUUCAGGAACUUGGUUAAGACUUUAAAACGAUGAUGUACAUAAAGUUACAGUAAUUCAAUAAUUUUGAAAGUAAAACUCUCUUUUAUAUUGCUAGGAUUUGCAUUUAGAUUUUUGCAAAGCUGAAGUAGUUAGAAUAGGGUAAGGCAAGCAAUACAUAUAUCCCAGUCACUCUUGGGGCCAUAUCUGCUCUUGAAUGCACACUACUCAUGGAGGUUAAUGGAAGACAGACAACCUGAGCCUUACUUGUUAAUUGUUAGACAAGAGAAAUAGACAUUGUUGAAUAUCACCUGAAGAAAAGACAGCGUGCUCUGUGGUGUCACACCAGUGAAUCUGGACAGAUUGCCAGAACAGGUGACAAGGUUGUACAUUAUUCAUAUGUGCUCAGUCCUUGAUUAGUCAAAAUGUGGUAAUUUGUUCACAUGUGGUCAUGAGUCCUCUGGCGUGGUGAUGCUGACUCUGUUCAUAAGAAACUGAAAUUAGACUUUUUCAUGUAGUCUAUGAAAAUGCUGUUAUCUCAUAACUUCUGAUCACUGUUGACCUAGGCUGCAUUUGAGUUGGCAUCCUGAGAUGAAAAGUUUUGUAUCCCAUUACUAAUUGUCAUCCAGCUUUCCAAUCAGAGCAUUUUAACAGAAAAGGCGUGAUAACAAUGCUUAUCACGAGCAAUCCAGUGAGCCUUUUAUCUAAAACAAGUGGCUUAAUGUGAACACUUCACAUCCCUGAUGACAAAAGCCUAACAUAUUUCAGAUAUUUCAAAUCGUGCUACAUACUGAGUGCCACCAUUCUGGUUUAAGAUGUCUGUCAGGUUCUUACAUGUCUCAUUCUGGGAGAUACUUAUAACGUGCAUGAUCUUCAAAGUCAUAUUUGUUCAGUAAGUGAAGGAUUUGACAGUUACAUUGGGAAGACCCUUGGGAUGGCUUAGCCUACGGCUUCAAAGGGAUUUGAAAAUGUCAGUUGACUGUAAAUUAUUCUGCAUAAAUCCAGACAUCAGCCUUGAGUCUUCCGCUCACAGAUGCUGGCACUUGUAAUAAAUCGGCUGACCUGUUAGCUG